UGAGGGCUCUGACAUAUACCAAAUCCCUGCCCAGGGGAACAGGGGAGAUUAAAAACUUCUGAUUGAGGUGGAGAGGAAAGAGCCGGAGCAAGAGAGGAAGGAGAGACGGAGAAAAAGGCUUAUCGCUCACCUUUGUUCUUCCUAAUGCCCCAAGUGAAGGAUCUCCAUAGGUAAGUCUAUGAAUAACAACAACAGGCAAAGGAGCAGCUGCCGACCACUGUGGUCAGAUGAUGGAGUGAGGGACUGAAAGAGGGGAAGAGGACUGGAUUUUUUUCAGUUAAAUAACCAAGCUCAUAUUCUGCAUUAAUUGAAUGCCUGGAAGAGAGAAGAGACAUGAGACGAAGCCUUUUCUGUGCCAACUGCUUCAAAAGGUAUUGCAAUUAACCCUCUGGCCGUCGUCAAGUGAUACCUAGCUUUUGUUGUUUUCGGAUUGCCGGGUUCGGUUGUAGCCGUGUAGAUGUGUGCUCGGGCCGCGGCCAUGUUUCAACCCCCAGCGUGUAGACCGAAUCGGACAAGCCUGACUCUGCCUCUGCUGCUGCUGCUUCUCCUCUACAGCUCUCUAGAAGUCACUCAGGCUGCCAAACCCAAAGGGCCGGGACACACACAUUUGAACUCCAUCCGCAUCGACGGGCACAUCUCCUUAGGUGGGCUCUUCCCGGUGCACGCCAGGGGCCACGAUGGCAAGCCAUGUGGGGAGCUGAAGAAAGAGAAGGGUAUACACAGACUGGAGGCCAUGCUCUUUGCCCUUGACCGCAUCAAUAACGACCAUAAUCUGCUGCCCAACAUCACUCUGGGGGCACGUAUCCUGGACACCUGUUCCAGGGACACUCACGCCUUGGAGCAGUCGCUCACCUUCGUGCAGGCGCUCAUCGAGAAGGACGGGACAGACGUCAAGUGUCUUGGCGGAGGGGCACCAAUCAUCACCAAACCUGAGAGGGUGGUGGGCGUCAUCGGAGCCUCGUCCAGCUCCGUCUCCAUCAUGGUGGCUAACAUACUGCGCCUGUUCAAGAUUUCCCAGGUGACUCCAGGGAGGAAAUCAAGAAAGUCUCUUCUGAGUACAGUUUGUAUCUGA